CUGAUAGACGUUGCUGAGGAAUUGUCGUGGAAAAUCCGGAGUUCGAGAGCGAGUAAAAGCGGGAAAGUAAAAAUAAGAACAGUGGCCGUACAAUGUGCGUGGCCCGUUACGUCACGUGAACCAAUGCGCUCACUCGCGCACGAUACGUGUAUAACGCAACUAUCGAGGCAUUCGAAGGAAUUAUAUACCAGUCAAGAUGUGGCUGGCCGUUUUCGCACUGUACUGGGGACUGCACGUGACAUGUUCCUACAACGUCCUCUGCAACUUUAACACCAUGUGCCUCUGCUGGGUUCAGGACGACGCCGAUUAUACCCAGAUGGACGUAAGCUGCAUGGGCGUACCCUUCGCGCGAUUUCCCGAGAUACCGAUUCGGUACAUAGCGCAGUUGGACAUCGUGGGUUCCGGCAUGCAAGUGUUGGAAAACGAGGCCUUGGUCAGUUCCUACGUGGAGGCACUCGGUCUAAUGAGCAACCGACUGAUGCUCAUAGGGGAGAAAUCGCUGUCCGGAGUGGCGGACCACCUGAGAUCGUUGGACCUGAGUUACAAUUACUUCACGAAGGUGCCGCUCAAGGCAUUUCAAAAUUUGAAAAAAUUAACCUGGCUAAACAUGCACAGUAAUUACUUGACGAGUUUGGACGGUAACUGGAGCCACCUACCGAAUACGCUAACUAACGUAUUUUUCGGCGACAACUCGAUCGCCGAGCUACCGGACUGCUUCAAGCGUUUCAAGUUUUUGGUGUGGUUAAACCUGGACAACAACAAUAUCGAGCACAUCAAAGAGUCCGCGCUGCCACCGCGCAUACAAACUCUAAGCAUGAACAACAAUCUGAUCAAAGAAUUUCCAGCGAGCAUUGGAAGUCUGAAGGAUCUGACAUGGCUGUACCUGAGGGGAAACGACAUCAAAACGUUGGUGCUGCCGCAUUUCGAAAGCCCGAAAUUAGAACUAAUCGAUGUAAGCGACAACUCGAUAAGCACUAUCGAUUAUAGGAGUAACAACGCGACACUGCAGGUCCGGGACUUAAACAUGGCCAGCAACAAACUAUCCUCGCUCCCCACCAGAAUGUUCGAGAAGAUAAACGUGCGGCGGUUGUACCUAUCGUCGAACGACAUAAGUGGGAUCAACGCCGACGCGUUCGAGGGCCUCGAGGACACCCUGGAAUACCUAAAUUUGGAAAAUAACAACCUGAUCGUGGUCCCCGAGGCGAUACGCUCGAUGAAUCGAAUUACGUACCUCUACCUGGCAAACAACAAGAUAUCAAAUGUUUCGGACGAGAGUUUUUUCGGAUUCCGCAAUAACCUCCGGGCCUUGUCGAUAGCCACAAACAACCUUAAGUACGUGCCCGUCGGGGCUUUGAGCGAUUGCAACAAACUGCUGCACUUGAACCUGGGCUACAACAACAUUUUAUCAAUACAGCCGGGAGACUUUGAGUGGGCUACUAACCUGGAAAUACUACUGCUGCGUAACAACAUGCUAACCAAAUUGAAAGCGGAAACGUUCCGGGGGGCUAACAGGCUGAAGGAGCUCAGCCUCUCGUUCAACCACAUAACGGAGUUGGACGAUGACGCGUUUCUAGGACUCGGGGAGAGUCUCGAGAUCCUGGAGCUGAGCUUUGCGUUCGCGAUGGACGUUUUUCCGCGGCACGCUCUCAAGCCGUUAAAAAACCUACUCUGGAUGGUGUUGGAUAACAACAAUUUCCAGGUACUCGACACGACGGCCUUCUACUCGUUCCAGAAACUGCGUUACGUCAACCUGGAGUCGAACAGGCUUCAGUACUUACCAGAGCAGAUAAUCCACUCGUCGAUCCACCUCGAGCUUCGCGACGUGAAACUCGGCUAUAAUUUCCUCGAGACAAUACCGUCAAACACGUUCCACAACCUGACGGAACUAAGAUCACUCGAUUUGUCGGGCAACCGUAUCCAUUUUCUAACGCCCUCAUCGAUAAGCUCGUGCCGGAAAUUGGUCACAGUAUCACUUGCGCAGAACAAGAUAGCCCACCUAAGCCCCGCGACAUUCAGUCAGCUCUCGAGUCUCCAGUUCUUGCAUCUCGAGUUCAACUACUUGGGCAAGCUGAACUUGGACUCCAUUCAUGACAGCGGCAGUGACGACUUUACCCUAAACGUUUCGUUCAACGCCAUCGGCUCAAUAAUUCCCGGAGACUUGCCCACCCUACGACACCUGGACCUGAGCUUCAACAAUAUCACGUCUCUGCCCGGGCCGGCGUUCAACGGCACACCGAAUCUGAGGACCUUGGAUUUACGCGGCAACUUUGUCACCGCGGUUGAGUCCGGGGCGUUCACCUUGAAGCAUUUGGAAUACCUGAACCUGCGAAAUAACAAAAUUCAAGUGCUGAGCAAGCAGGCGUUCUAUGGUCUCGAAACACUGCAGCAACUCGACCUCAGCGGUAACAGUAUAAACCAGCUGAUGAUGGAGCAGUUCAGAAAUUUGAAAAAACUCCGCGUACUCAACCUUGCGAGAAAUAAGAUCCGUUCUUUGCCCAGGGAUGUUUUCGAAGGCACGCAAAUCGAAAUACUCGACCUGAGUAACAACGCAUUCUAUGUCGUUCCCUCAACUUCGUUCGCCGAGGUCGGCUACACCCUGCGCGACCUCAACUUGGGAAACAAUUUCAUCGACCAUCUCGACUCGGCCUCGUUUCCAACCUCCCUUCUCAACUCCCUGAAUUUGGCCCACAACCGGCUGACCAUACUACCCGACAAUUCUUUCGUCGCACUUGGUAAACUCCUCACCUUGAAUAUUUCGUACAAUAGUUUGCAGGCCAAUUUCAAAGAGCUUUUCCACUACCUACCGGACCUGAGACAGCUGUGCCUAGCGAAAUGCGGUCUUGGAAUCGUGCCCAUCCUACCCCUGGCCAAUUUAAGUGUACUUGAUCUGUCGCUCAAUAGCAUCAUCUCCAUUUCUAACAACGAUUUCCAGUACCUGGAGGAGCUAAGGAGUUUAAAGCUCGUAAAGAAUCUUGUGAAAUUCAUGCCGGGUGUUAAGCUCGACUAUCUCAGGGAACUGGACGUCUCGGGGAACAUUAUAGAGGAACUGACGAAGGAGAUGUUCUCAAGAUACCCAAGGCUGGAGAAGUUAAACAUCAAGAACUUGAAUAGCGUUCGAAAUAUAGAAAGGGACGCGCUGAGUCACUUGCGAUACUUGAAAUACCUUCAGGUGCAGACGUGGCCGCAGGCGGAAGGAUUUCACUUACGGUUUCUGCUCAGCGGUCUGCCGUUGAAGGUAGUCGAGAUAGAGAUAAAGGAAAACGUGCUAAAGCACCAGAUAGAGAACGUGUUUUCGAAACAGCUUAAGGAACUUACAAUAACCGGGAGCGACCUGCAGACCGUUACCUCGGAGGCAUUCUCAACCAUUGAAGGUGGCGAGCUUAUACUUAGGAUAAAGAAUACCCGAGUACAGAGGUUCCAAUCCGAUAUCUUUUUGUCCCUGACUAAACGACUCUCACAGUUGACUCUGGAUCUGCGGGACAACCACAUAAACGAGCUCAGCCCGUCAAUAAUAUACGGAAAUCUGUCCUGGGAAGCGGUGGGAACAAACAUGGUGGCAGGUGGUUUGCAGGUAUCCGGCAACCCACUUGAAUGCGACUGUGAAAUUGCAUGGCUGAGUCUCUGGCUCCGCAGAUGGUUGAGGGAAUCCCGACAAAUUCAUACAGCGUCACAAUCCGACGCUAGGCAAUUACGGACGAUGGCUGGACGAGCCGUAUGCACGGAGACGAAACCCUCCUAUUCUUCGGACAAAGUCCUGCUAACACUUGGAACGCCCCACACUGCCUGUCAGGCCUCUGCUCUGAGCUCUGGCCACUACCAACAUGGAAGUACUUUGAAUCGAUUUCUCGGAUUGUCUAUCAUACCGUUACUAGCUUACGUUAAUAUCUUGCAUUAAGCCAAACGUUGUGAUAUUUGUAUGUGUAUAUUAUUGUUUAAACGUUCGCCAACGUUUGCGUCACUGCGCACGGGGAAAUGGAAUUUUUUUCCUCUUUCCCUCUUCAGUCGGUUUAUUGAUCGACUAAAAUUAUUAAACCGCAGUGAUAGCUGUUUCAGGAACGUUGGAACCAAGGAUACAGCAAAUGAUAAUUGUUACUCAGCUUAUUUUUAGUUCUUUCAACU